AUGUCAUCAAUGUCUUCAGUCUUUGCGACCGUGGCCUAUACGCCGCCGGACGCGAUCUUCGAACUCACCAAAGCUUAUCUGGCUGACCUAGACCCUCGCAAAGUGAACCUGGGCCAAGGUACCUAUCGAGACGGCCAUGGAAAUCCUUGGGUACUCCCGGCGGUCGCAGCUGCCAAGGAGACUAUCAAGAAUUGCGACCACGAAUAUCUUCCAAUUCUGGGCCAUCCACAAUUUCGCAAGCUAGUUACGGAAUUGGUCUUCAGAAGGGAUUCCAGCGCUAUACACGACGGUCGGGUCGCCUGCUGUCAGGCGUUAUCAGGCACUGGGGCACUGCACGUGGCAGGAAUGAUGCUCAGGCGGGCACUUGGUCAUGCUCGAACCGUCUACAUCACCAAUCCGAGCUGGCCCAACCAUAGACAGGUCUUUGAAUCAGUGGGCUUCUCGGUGCGGGAAUUCGAUUAUGCCUCGAGGGGCGGGAUUGACAUGGAAUCGCUGCUUCGAGCGCUGAAUGAGGCAGACCCAAUGUCAAUAUUUGUGCUUCAUGCUAGUGCACACAAUCCGACUGGCUGGGAUCCUAGCCCAGAGCAAUGGCGACAGAUUGGUGCCAUCAUGAAAGAGAGACAGCUGUUUCCCCUGUUUGAUGCGGCCUACUUGGGAUUGACAUCUGGGGACUACGAUCAAGAUGCGUAUGCCAUCCGGUACUUCGCUGAGGAGCUGGAUCUUGAGAUGGGUGUUUGCAUUUCCUUUGCCAAAAGCAUGGGUCUUUAUGGCGAGAGGACUGGGCUAUGUGCUUUCGUAUCACGCAGCCACAACGUCUCCAGUAACGUGAAGUCAAAUUUGGCACAGUCGAUCCGCGGCGAGAUAUCUAACCCCCCGGCGUUCGGGGCUCGUAUCGUUACUGCGAUUCUAGCAGACGAUGGCCGCUCCCGGAUUGCCGGAAUGAGGAAUCAGUUAUUUGACGAAUUGACAACACUAGGUACCCUGGGCGACUGGACGAGGAUAACACAGCAGAAAGGCAUGUUUUGCGUGCUCGGUCUCACACCCGAACAAGUUCACCACCUCAAAGAGACACAUCAUAUUUACAUGGCCGAAAGCUCCAGAGUGUCUAUAGCUGGACUUAACGAAGGCAAUGUGCGGUAUGUCGCCGAAUGCAUCCAUCAGGUUGUCUCUCGAGCAGGAGAGUAG